GCUGGUUGGAGAGAUGAUUGCAGAUUUGGUUUGCAGCGCCGUGGCUCUGGUCCUGUACAUCAACACACUGGGCGCCGAUUUCUGCUACGAUGACAGCCGUGCAAUCAAAACCAACCAGGACCUGCUUCCUGAAACACCAUGGACAAACGUGUUCUACAACGAUUUCUGGGGCACCUUGCUCACCCACAGUGGAAGUCACAAGUCCUAUCGUCCGUUUUGCACGCUCUCCUUCCGUCUCAACUAUGCUGUGGGUGGACUGGAACCAUGGGGCUACCACCUGACCAAUGUGACACUGCACUGUGCAGUCACAGCCCUCUUCACCCACCUGGCACGACUGCUCCUGGGUACAGGCUGCUGGAGACUGUUAGCGGGGCUGCUCUUCGCCUCACAUCCUGUCCACACUGAAGCCGUGGCGGGCAUCGUGGGACGGGCAGACGUGGGUGCCGCGCUGUUUUUCCUUCUGGCUUUAUGGUGCUACGUGGGCCACUGUGUGCAGCGGAAAGAAGGGGCACAGCAUAAGUGCUGGGCAUGGUUUGUGGGGAGCCUGGUGUGCUCUGCCUGCAGCAUGCUGUGGAAGGAGCAGGGGAUCACAGUGCUGGCAGUGGCAGCUGUUUACGAUGUGUUUGUGUUCCACCGAAUGAAGAUUAGACAAUGUCUCCUGUAUUUAUUGGGACGUAAGAAGAACUUGCAUCUGCUGCUGAGUGUGUUCCUGCUGGGUUCCUGGGGCGUCUUCCUGCUGGCCUGCCGUAUUUACUGGAUGGGCAACAAACCUCCAAACUUCUCCAACUCUGACAACCCUGCAGCAGACUGCCCAUGUUUUCUAACCCGGGCACUAACAUUUUUCUACCUGCCAGCCAUGAAUGUAUGGCUUCUUCUUUGCCCAGAUAUGCUGAGCUUCGAUUGGUCCAUGGACGCACUGCCUCUACUAAGGACCAUCACCGAUUGGAGGAACCUCCACACAGUGGCAUUCUACUCUAUACUUUUAGCACUGGCAUGGUUUGGGUUUUACAGUCACCCAAGCAAGGUGAAGGAGAUGAAUGGAAAAGCUCAUGAUGCAAAUGGAAAAUCCAGCACAAAUGGACACGUUUAUCAUUCAGACUAUGAACAUUCGAUUCCAGAUUCAGACUCUGUUCAGACAAAUGGAAAUGGAAGCAAAAAGCACUAUGUAGCUAGGACUUCACUGCCCACCACUGAAAAUGUAGUGGUGUUCUCAUUAGGCUUGUUGGCCAUCCCUUUCCUCCCUGCCACAAACUUGUUUUUUUACGUAGGCUUUGUGGUGGCAGAGCGGGUUCUCUACAUCCCCAGCAUGGGCUUUUGUUUACUGGUGGCAGUGGGGAUGAGGGCACUCUGGAUAAGAAUGAGGACAAACUCAUCCAGGACUCUGGUGCUCGCCUGCGGUGCUUCUCUGGUGCUACUUUUUGGAGUUAAGACAUUUUUAAGGAACCAGGACUGGCACAAUGAGGAAAUGCUGUACAAGUCAGGGAUAGCUGUAAACCCUGCUAAAGCCUGGGGAAACCUAGGAAAUGUCCUGAAGAACCAGGAGAAGAUAGCAGAGGCUGAGCAAGCCUACAGGAACGCCCUGUACUACCGAAGGAACAUGGCUGACAUGCUGUAUAACCUGGGUUUGCUCCUACAGGAGAAUAACAGGUUCUCGGAUGCUCUCCACUACUACAAGCUUGCCAUCGGGAGCCGGCCAACUCUUGCUUCUGCCUACCUGAACACAGGAAUCAUCCUCAUGAACCAGGGGCGCUUAGACGAGGCCAAGCGCACUUUUCAUACCUGUGCUGACAUUCCUGAUGAAAACCUGAAGGAUCCUCAUGCACACAAGAGCUCUGUCACCAGCUGCCUCUAUAACUUAGGCAAGCUGCUGCAUGAACAGGGCCACCAGGAGGAAGCUAUUUCUGCGUACAAAGAAGCCAUACAGAAAAUGCCACGUCAGUUUGCUCCUCAGAGUCUCUACAACAUGAUGGGAGAGGCCUACAUAAGGCUUAACAAGCUCACAGAGGCUGAGUACUGGUACAGAGAGUCUCUCCGGGCCAAACCAGACCAUAUACCAGCACACCUGACCUACGGCAAGCUUCUGGCCAUGACGGGUCAGAAAGCAGAAGCAGAGAAGUAUUUUGUAAAGGCCAUUCAACUUGAUCCCACUAAAGGAAACUGCUACAUGCAUUAUGGUCAGUUCUUGAUGGAGGAAUCCAGACUUUUAGAGGCGGCUGAGAUGGCACAGAAGGCUGCUCAGCUUGACAGCGAGGAGUUUGAUGUGGUUUUCAGUGCUGCACAUAUGCUCAGACAAGCCAGCCUCAACGAUGCAGCGGAGAGGUUUUACAAACAAGCCGCCAGCCUAAGACCUGACUACCCUGCUGCAUUAAUGAACCUUGGUGCUAUCCUUCAUCUGAAUGGCAAACUUCAAGAGGCUGAGGCCAAUUACCUGAGAGCCCUGCACCUCAAACCUGACGAUGGCAUCACCCAGUCCAACCUGCGCAAGCUGUGGAAUAUCAUGGAAAAACAAGGACUGAGGACAAUGGCCCCUUGAAUCAAACACACACUGACCUACCAGUACUCAAUUAACAUGAAGCUCAGUGGAAAAAAUACCCUCACGUUGAGGUGAUCCACAGCCUGAGCAUCUCAACACCAACUGUAUCCAGAAUAACUGGGACUUUUCACAGUCGGUAUGUCUGAAAACUUGGCUGAGAUUUUUUUUUACAAACUCACUUUCCUAGACUUUUGGUCUACAUGGGAUUCAACAGGAGCACAUACCUUGAAGUGGACUGUUGGAACAUACUUGAAGUUUCUUGGUAUUUUGCUUAAUAAAAUUAUGGUUAAUGGUAUUUAAAAGGUUAUACCAGAAGAAGAGCAAAUUAAUGAAG